AUGACCGUCGAGGUCAUUGAAAAUGUGAUCGUCGCUGCCGUGAAAGAGCACAAGAAAAAGUCCAAGAAGCAUCGCCGCGGGGAGGCGGAAGCAGGCGGUAGUGGUGAUGCGACAGAGGAAGUCCCUAAGGAGAAGAAAAAGAAACGCAAGGUCGAAACCAGUGCAGAGACCGCAGACGCCUCAGAGGAACCCGCGCCAUCUUCAGAGAAUAGCGGGAAGAAGCGCAAGCGGGACGGCGGGGCAGUCGAGGGCAAGAAUGGGAAAAAGAAGCCCAAGCAUGGCACAGAGCCUCUUGCAGAACUGGAGACAGGCACAGCCGAAGCCACGCUGGACGAUGAGCCCAAGAAGAAGUCAAAAAAGGACAAGAAAAAGUCUAGGUCUGCAGAGACCAGUGAAGAGUUCUCUCCCGCUUUCAAGGAUGAAAAAGCAAAGCGCAAGACUGACGACGCUACGUUGGAGAGCGCUGCCUCUUCAUCCCGCGACGCUAUUCCCGCCCCUUCCAAAACUGAAAUCGAUCAGUUCUUGACGGACAACUCUGUCAUUAUCCAUGGAACGACACCGCUCGUCCCCAUAAUCUCUUUCGCUCAGCUAAACGUGCCAGAGGGCCUUCGAGCAGCAUGCGACAAGUUUGAAAAGCCCACUCCCAUUCAGGCUUGUUCAUGGCCGGCCGCGCUUGCCGGGCAAGACGUUGUCGGAAUUGCCGAGACUGGAAGUGGAAAGACUAUGGCCUUCGGUCUCCCUGCCCUGGCGCGCAUGCUCUCAGGCUCGAUAGCACAGCCAUCGAAAGGCGAGAGUACUGUCUCUGCCCUCGUUCUUGCUCCUACCCGCGAACUUGCUAUCCAGACGCACGAUACCUUCGCUGUUCUGGGAGAGCCCUUCGGUAUCGCCAGUGUUGCCAUCUUCGGCGGUGUCGGCAAGAAGGAUCAGGUUGAUGCUCUCCGCAGUAUUAACAAGCAAAAGGGGAAGGGCAAGCAGGCGACGACCCGCACAGUCGUCGGUACGCCCGGGCGCAUUCUUGAUCUCAUAAACGAUGGCGUUUGUGACCUCAGCAAUGUGCAGUACCUCGUUCUUGAUGAAGCGGACCGUAUGCUGGACAAGGGCUUCGAAAAUGAUAUACGCUCCAUCAUUGGACACACCAAGCAGGGCGAAGAGCGUCAGACCCUCAUGUUUAGCGCGACGUGGCCAGACGCCGUCCGUCGUCUUGCUGCGUCAUUCCAGCGAGACCCUGUCCGCGUCACUGUCGGUAGCGACGAUCUUACCGCGAACAGCCGAGUCAGCCAGGUCGUUGAAGUCUUCGACAGCUCCCGUGAGAAAGAUUCACGGCUACUCGGGCACUUGCAUAAGCUUAUCCCGAAGAAGAAGACUGGCCCCGAAGAGACUAGGAUUCUUGUCUUUGCGCUGUACAAAAAAGAAGCUGUCCGCGUCGAGAGCAUGCUCCGCGGCAAAGGCUUUAGCGUAGGCGGUCUGCACGGAGAUCUGUCGCAAAGCGCGCGUAUGGAGGCCCUGCAGAACUUCAAGACGGGCAAGACGGGCCUGCUUGUCGCCACUGAUGUCGCCGCUCGGGGUCUGGAUAUCCCUAAUGUAGCGGCGGUCAUCAACUACACAUUUCCGCUGACGGUCGAGGAUUACGUCCACCGUAUCGGCCGUACAGGUCGUGGUGGCAAGAGUGGCAAGUCUAUCACGUUCUUCACCGGUGACGCCCAUGAGAGAGCCCUCGCCGGUGAACUCGCCAGGGUGCUCCGGGAGAGUGGCUUCGAUACAACGCCUCUUCAGAAAUUCCCUAUGACGAUAAAGAAGAAGACUCAUAGCGUGUACGGUGCUUUCUUCCGUGACGACGUCCCUACUCCUUCGGGUCCGACGAAGAUCACGUUCGACUAG